CUUCUUAAAUAUUUCCACUCUAUGCCACUAAAAUGAGAUUAUUUUCAUAAAAUUGUGAAUUUUUCCUCAUCAGAAUACGACUUUUUUUUCUUGAUAUUUUGACUUUAUUCCCGUAAAAUUACAUCUGUUUUUUUCAUUUCUGCUGUUUGUUUUUUCUUUUAAAUUUACCAUCUAUUUCAACUUUCUUCUUGUAAAUUUUAUUCUGGUAAUUAUGACUUUACUACAACAUUAUUUUGACUAUUUUCGUGGCAUUAUAACUUUAGGCACACCCACGUUUAUGAACUUUAUUUGUUGUUUUGUUUGUUUUUCAUAAUAUUAUGUAGGGAUGUCCAAUAAUAUCGGCUCACAUGUCUUAUUGGCCCAAGAUUGGCACAAAAAUGUAAUUUUGGUAGAUAUCGAUAUCGGGUUUUCCCUAUCAUGAAGUGCUGUAUACAUUAUGUAAGCCUACGGGCUCCCGUACUCGCCGUUGUCGAGGCAUCCGCCGACAUUAGUCACCUUGUUAGCCUGUAGCGGCGCCGGUACGUCGUCGUUGUUGUCACUGUUGUUAGUCGACAUCUUUACCCACAUUAAAAAAAUAACAUCCUUCUUAAAAAUGUCAACUCUCUGGUGCUAAAAUGACAUUUUAAAAAAAUUGUCAACACACUUAUGACUUUUUUUUAUUAGAUUACAACAUUUUCCUCUUAAAAUGUGCAGAUUUUUCAUGGAAAAAAUGAUUAGAGCACCUUGUUUCUUCGGUUUAUUGAUCCAUUUGGAUUUUAAAGACGAUAACAAAUAUAGCAACUUCCAUGUUUUUCUUGAAAAUAAGUUCUUCCAUGAAUAGCGAUAGCAUUGUACUGCCAAAAAAUGGAACUAUUUUUGUUGUCAUUGUUAUAUUUGUCCACCUUUAGUCGUAUCAGGCAUGAAAGUGAACAAGAAAGUGAAGAAACAAGGGUGCUCUAAUCAGUUUUUCCAUGACUGGAUGUUUGUUUUUGGUAAAAUGAUAUUUUCAGACAGCCCUGGUCCGCCGUCAUUAAGAUGCUGAAUGUGUCGGUCUGGCUGUCGUUGAGCCCUAGAAAGUGUUUUGUGUUGAUUGUGUACGAGCCGUUCAGGUGGAACGUACAUCUCGGUUGUGUAUUUGGAGGUGAUGAAGUAAAUGUAAAGCGUAGAUGAGAUGUUCAAUGUGCUACACUAGCUAGCAUCAGCAGAGGUGAUGGCGUGGUGGUGCCGCAGCCCACACAACAACCCACAUGACUUGACUUUGGUCCACUUCCUUCUUCCUGGAGGCUUCAUUCAAAGCUUUCACAUCGAACAGAGCCCCCACGCUAACGUUCCGUGCUCAGCGUGGGCUUUUGUCCGAUGAAACAUGAGCUGAACACGAGCUCCGGCGUGCACAACCCAGCGUCUAAUGACCUCGCCGAUGACACCCGCGGCCUUUGUUGGACUUUUCAGCCUGACGAACUUUGACGUUGGUCAACUCCAAAACGUAUCCGAUGAGCUGCGUCGUGUUCAUGCAACAACACAGCAGAGCAAAACGGAAGCGUGGAAGUCAAGGGACGCCAACAUCGAGUACGACUCACGGCAAAUCCACCGUGUCAGGGAAGCACGCCGUGUUCCUUCACACCAAGGCCGGCCAAAGGCUUUCCCUCCAGCGAGGGCCACAUGGUGAAAAAUGAAAGGAUGCAACUUUUUUUAUUGUGGAUGAUGACUUCAUUCCCGUUUGCUCUCCUAACACGGUUACUUGUCCUCCUUGUUAUUACGUUAUUUGUGUCAAAUCACAACUUUUCUUUUUGGUUAGAUUGCAACUUUUCUCUCUUAAUAUUUGGACUUUUUUCAUCAAAUGACUGCAGAUGUUUCCACCAUUGCUGCUGUUGGCUUUUUGUACUUUUCUUGUUAAAUUCUAUUUUUGGAAUGUGCGGCAGGUUGCACUUUGGACACCCCUGCUAAAGAUGGCACAUCUUUCCACGCUCGCUUGUGUUUCAGUCCACAUUCCUGUUGCUGGUUGGAUGCUGACAGGAUAAAUCGACGCUUGCAGAUGAAAGCAUCAGCUUGGGAUGAGUUUAUCUGCGGCAACACUACACCUCUAUAUGACAGGAGCACUCUGCUGUUUUUAGGAACCAACUGCCAAAAACACUAGUCAAAGAACCUCUACAUGACAGGACCACUCUGCUGUUUGUAAAGAAACUACUGCCAAACAUGCCAGUCAAAGAUCCUGUAAAUGACAGAAGCUUUGCUACUACUUUUAAAAGGUCUUUGUUACGUUCCCAGAGGGGGUUAGGACCCCAGAUGCAGAGGCGGAGAGCUUGGAGUACAAUCGAGUCUUUUAUUGGCACAGCGUGGCAAAAAUUUAAGAACAAAAAGCGAUGGUGUAGCAUAAAACAGGAAAUGAUAGAGACACCAUGGAAAAACCUAAUCUAACUAGGAACAGCUGGAGAACAAGAGAAAGGCUGGGCUGAGCUUAGGGCGAUAUUACCCAAAGUAGGAAAAAACGAUCCAAUGCUAUAAGGCAAGUCCACAUGCGUGUAGCGAGUUGGAGUUCGGACAAAGAACCAGCGUCCUCCGGCUGUAGGCAGUCAGUUUAAGUAGAGGGAGCAAUUAGCCACAGGUGUGCCCAGCCUUCCCGUCUCCAGCCUGCUCUUGAGUGACUGCAACACAGAGAGGAAACAGGCCAGGAGAAGGCAGAAGUAGCAAAUAACAUAAGUAGGCCCUGAAGGCCAGGAGCGAACGUGACAGUACCCCCCCCUUAAUGGGCGCCACCCGGCGGCUUACCUGGCUUCUCCGGAAACCGUUUGUAAAAGUCCGAAAGAAGGGUGGGAUCGAGAAUAAGUGACCGGGAAAUCCAUGAGCGGUCCUCGGGGCCGUACCCCUCCCAGUCCACCAAAUACUGGAAACCCCUGCCCCUUCUUCUCACGUCCAAAAUGGCCUGAACUGCGAAUGCAGGGUGACCGUCAACUAGCCUGGGAGGAGGAGGAGGCACCUCCGGAGGGCUGAGGUUGCAGGAGGUGACGGGUUUGAGGAGGGAAACAUGGAAAACUGGGUGUAUCCGGAGGGAUUCAGGCAGCUGGAGCUGAACAGCGGAGGGGUUCAGGACACGUUCCACGGAAUAAGGGCCAAUGAACCUAGGUUGGAGUUUUUUGGAGACAGAAUGAAGGGGUAGGUCGCGGGAAGAUAACCACACCCUUUGUCCCGUCUUGUACUGAGGGGCCACCGAGCGGUGGCGGUUGGCGAGACGCUGAUUGCGCUCCGAUGUCCGGGCCAGAGCCGCCCGAGUGUUGUGCCAAGCCCGGCGGGCGCAGCGCAGGUGGGCCGCCACCGAGGGAACUGCCACCUCGGACUCGAGGGAAGGAAAAGCCGGGGGUUGGUACCCAUAGGCGACGUGGAACGGGGAGAGGCCAGAAGCGGAACUGACGAGGGUGUUGCGUGCAUACUCGAUCCAAGGUAGGUUGAAGGACCAGGAGGCAGGCUGUUGGUGGCAAACGCAGCGGAUGGCCGCCUCCAGGUCCUGGUUGGCUCGUUUGGUCUGGCCGUUGGUCUGGGGGUGAUAGCCUGAGGACAGGCUGGGUGAGGCUCCGAGGCAUUUGCAGAAGGCCUUCCAGACAGCUGAUGUGAAUUGUGGGCCCCUGUCCGAGACCAAGUCCAGGGGGAUCCCGUGGAGUCGGAAGGUGUUGGAGACAAGUAGGUCUGCCGUCUCGAGAGCUGAGGGAAGCUUGGGAAGUGCGAUAAAGUAAGCCAUCUUCGAGAAACGGUCGACUAUGGUGAGAAUAGUUGUGUUGCCAUUGGAAGGUGGUAGUCCAGUAACAAAGUCCAGUGCUAUGUGGGACCAUGGGCGGGAGGGAAUGGGUAGCGGGCGCAGGAGCCCUGCUGGAGCCUGGUGAGUGGGCUUGUUGUGCGCGCAGAUCGGGCAGGCGGCCACGAACCUCUGGACGUCCGCUCGGAAAGAAGGCCACCAGAACCGCUGUGACAGGAGGAAAGCGGUGCGGGAAACUCCGGGAUGGCACGCCACUUUGGACUCAUGCGCCCACUGAAGAACCUCAGAACGGAGUUCCGGGACCACAAACAGCCGGCUCGCCUGACAGCCCUCCGGGACAGAGUUGUCCUUAACUGCGUCGGCCACCCGCCUCUCGAUAUCCCAUUGCAGGGCACCCAGGAUCCGGGACUGGGGAACGAUGAACUCCUUACGGGCCUCCUCCGGGACGGGUGAGUGUAGUCGGGAUUGGGCGUCCGCCUUGCUGUUCUGGGAACCCGGGCGGUAGGUCAGGGAGAAGUUGAACCGGGUGAGGAACAGGGCCCAACGUGCUUGUCGAGGGUUGAGGCGUUGGGCAGAGCGGAGGUAUGACAGGUUCUUGUGAUCUGUGUGAAUGAUGAACGGCAGUUCCGAGCCCUCCAGCCAGUGCCUCCACUCCUGCAGCGCUAGGAUGACGGCCAAUAACUCUCUAUUCCCAAUAUCAUAAUUCCGUUCGGCAGCAGUCAGGCGGCGAGAGAAGAAGGCACAGGGGUGCAAUUUCUAGUCGUUGUUAGAGCGUUGGGAGAGGACGGCCCCUACGCCUGUAUUGGAAGCGUCGACCUCGACAACAAAUUGAGAAGAUGGGUGAGAACUGGAGCAGUGGUAAAUAAAGACUUGAGUCUAUUAAAAGCUGAGUCGGCCUCUGGGGUCCACACAAAGGGAACCUUAACAGAUGUAAGCUUCGUCAAGGGCUCCGCAACUAGACUGAAGUUCCUAAUAAACCGACGAUAGAAGUUGGCGAAACCCAGGAACCUUUGUAGAAGCUUCCUUGAUGUGGGAGCGGGCCAGUCAACCACAGCCUGGAUCUUGGCUGGGUCGGGACUUAGCUGACCCUGCUCCACGAUGAACCCCAAAAAAGAAACAGAAGAGGAGUGAAACGAGCACUUCUCGGCCUUGACAAACAGCGUGUUUUCAAGUAGUCGUUGCAGGACUAACCGGACGUGUUGGAUAUGUUCCUUGAGUGAAGAGGAAAAAAUCAGAAUGUCAUCCAAGUAGACGAAUAUAAAACGGCCGAGCAUGUCCUGCAGGACAUCAUUUAUGAGACUCUGGAACACUGCCGGGGCAUUGGUGAGCCCGAAAGGCAUGACGAGAUACUCAAAGUGUCCGAGAGGGGUAUUGAAUGCGGUCUUCCAUUCAUCACCCUCUCGGACACGAACCAGAUGAUAGGCAGAGCGGAGGUCGAGCUUGGUGAAAAUUUUAGCGGAGUGAAGGGAGUUGAAGGCGGAGUCCAUAAGUGGUAAGGGAUAUUUAUUUUUAACCGUGAUAUCGUUGAGAGCGCGGUAAUCGAUACAAGGGCGGAGGGAUUUAUCUUUUUUCUCAACAAAAAAAAAUCCGGCUGCUAAUUGAGAUGUGGAGGGGCGAAUGAGGCCGGCAGCGAGGGAAGUGGAUAUAUAUAGCUCUAGCGCCUCUCUCUCAGGUUUGGAGACAUUGUAUAACCGUGAAGACGGGAACGGAGCACCGGGGAGGAGAUCGAUGGCGCAAUCUUACGGACGGUGAGGUGGAAGUGACUGGGCUUUCUCAGAACUGAAAACCUCCCGGAGGUCGUGAUAAACAGAAGGCACGGAGGCGAGAUCAAUUCUUUCCGGGGGAAUUAUCUGAGGGGACCGAGUGAGUGGAAAGGCGGAUUUAAGGCAGUGGGUAUGACAAAAAACACUCCAGUUAACAAUAGUGGAUCUAGUCCAAUCAAUGUGAGGAUUGUGUUUAAGCAGCCAGGUAAGCCCAAGCACAAUGGGUGCGGCACGGGAAGGAAUGACCAGGAAAUGCAUAGACUCACAGUGGUUACCAGACAAAUGGAGCAAAAGUGGGACGGUUUGGUGUGUGACGGUAGCUAGGUGACGCCCAUCAAGAGAACGCACAGCCUUAGGCUCUGAAAGCUUUACUACAGGAAUGCCAAGUCUUUUGAUAAAAACUGCAUCAACAAAAUUAUCGUCUGCCCCAGAGUCAAUUAAUGUCUUAAUAUCAACUUGUUUGGAUGCCCAGGAGAGCGUACCUGGAAGUUGUAGUCUUCCCGCUGGUUCAAACGAUGACGUCAUCCCGGAGGGCGUGUCUGUGGAAGCGCGUGGAGGACUGGAGCGUGAGGCUUGAGAGCGUGGGCUGUCGGGGCGAACGGGACAGCGGGAGAUAGGAUGACCUGCCUGGCCGCAGUAGAUGCACAGAUGCAGUUGCUUGCGUCGGUUCCUCUCUGCAGGAGUGAGUCGACUCCCUUCCAGCUGCAUUGGUUCAUCUAGUUUCGGCGCCGGGGGAAACUCCGUGUAAAUUGGCGGCCGAGGCGGAGUGGGUGGAGCCCUGUGAUUGACAUAGCUGCCGCUGGGAAUGGCGCGCUCCUUGUCCACUCUGCGGUCCUUGAGGCGCUUCUCAAUACGAAUGGCCAAGGCGAUGAGGUCGUCGAGGUGUGUGGGAGCCUCCAGCGGAACCAUUUGGUCCUUGAUGGGGUCGGAGAGACCCAUGAAAAAGGCGUCUAGCAGGGCCGAGGCGUUCCAGUCGCUCUGUGCCGCCAGCGCGCGAAAUUCAAUGGCGUAGUCAGCAGCGCAGCGGCGUCCCUGGCACAGCCGCAGAAGGGAGCGUGCUGCGUCGCGACCCGGAGGAGUACGCUGGAAAACUUGCUCCAUGGCUUUAGCAAAGGCGGAAUAGGAGGAACAGAGCGGUGAUUGGCGGCUCCAUUCCGCCGUGGCCCAGGCUCCGGCUCUUCCAGACAAGUGUGACAUGACAAAAGCCACUCGUGCCCGCUCGGAGCGGAAAGCUGCUGCCUGGAGCUCAAAAUGAAGCUCACAUUGGGUGAGAAAGGGUCGUACCUCGCCGGAAUCACCGGAGAAUCAUUCGGGCUUGGAUAGAAUGGAGCCCAAGGCAGGUGAGUGGGCGUCCGACGUGGGUGGUGGGUCCGUGGGAGUCUCCUGACUUGCUGGAAGUGCGGUUGUGGUUGUGUGGUGCUGCAAAGCAGAUACCAACGCGCCGAGCUGUGCUUCCAGUCCCUGCAUGCGUGCGUCCUGACGGUCAGCCAGGCUUUUGACGCAUGCACCCAAAGCACUCAAUUGCUCCUCCUGUUUACCCAGGCGUUGCGCCUGGUGGCGUAAUGCCAGCUUAACGGGCUCAGGCUCCGCGGGGUCCAUAAUUUGGCUGGUUCUUUCUGUUACGUUCCCAGAGGGGGUUAGGACCCCAGAUGCAGAGGCGGAGAGCUUGGAGUACAAUCGAGUCUUUUAUUGGCACAGCAUGGCAAAAAUUUAAGAACAAAAAGCGAGGGUGUAGCAUAAAACAGGAAAUGAUAGAGACACCAUGGAAAAACCUAAUCUAACUAGGAACAGCUGGAGAACAAGAGAAAGGCUGGGCUGAGCUUAGGGCGAUAUUACCCAAAGUAGGAAAAGGCGGUCCAAUGCUAGAAGGCAAGUCCACAUGCGUGUAGCGAGUUGGAGUUCGGACAAAGAACCAGCGUCCUCCGGCUGUAGGCAGUCAGUUUAAGUAGAGGGAGCAAUUAGCCACAGGUGUGCCCAGCCUUCCCGUCUCCAGCCUGCUCUUGAGUGGCUGCAACACAGAGAGGAAACAGGCCAGGAGAAGGCAGAAGUAGCAAAUAACAUAAGUAGGCCCUGAAGGCCAGGAGCGAACGUGACAGGUCUUACUGCAAAAAAAAACAACAACAAAAAAAACGCUCUUCAUCCUCUACAAAACCACUCUGCUGUUUUUAGGAAGCUACUGCCAAACAUGUUAGUCAAAGAUCCUCUAUUAGACAGAACCACACGGCUCUUGGUAGGAAGCUACUGCCAAACACGCUUGCUGCAGGUCUAGUAGUAGUAUUUCAUGCACUCGUACACGUACAGCAUGUACUGUAUGCCCACCAGGUCUUGCUGCAGGUCUAGUAGUAGUAUUUCAUGUACUUGUACACGUACAGCAUGUACUGUAUGCCCACCAGGUCUUGCUGCAGGUCUAGGAUGACCGGGAAGAGCCAGACCAGCAACGUGACCAACAAGAAUGACCCGCGCUCGCUCAACUCCCGCGUCUUCAUCGGCAACCUCAACACGGCGCUGGUGACCAAGGCCGACAUCGAGGCCAUCUUCGCCAAGUACGGCAAGAUCGCGGGCUGCUCCGUGCACAAGGGCUACGCCUUCGUCCAGUACGCCAGCGAGAGGAACGCCCGGGCGGCCGUGGCCGGGGAGAACGCCAGAGUCAUCGCGGGACAAUCAUUAGAUGUCAACAUGGCGGGCGAGCCCAAGCCGUACAGGCCCAAGAUGGGCACCAAGAGGCCGCUGUCGUCCCUCUACAGCGGCUACGAGUUCGACUACGACUACUACAGAGAUGACUUCUACAGCAGACUCUUCGAGUACCACGGUCGCGUGGUGCCGCCCGCCCGGGCCGUGAUCCCCAUCAAGCGCUCCCGGCCGGCCGUGCCGUCCGCUCGGCGAGCCAAGUCCUCUUUCCCCGCCAGGGCCUGCUCUUCCUCUUCUUCCUCCUCCUCUUCUUCUUCCCGAGCGCUCAAUCUGGGGUCAUCCCUCGCCGCCUCCAAACUGAAGGCAGAGCAGCUCCUCGCCAUCAAAAAGGAACUGUUGCAGAUCAAGACCAAGAUCGACUCCCUGCUGGGGAGGCUGGACAAGUUGGAGAGGCAACAACGCUGCGACGCUGACGUGCAGAGGAAACACGAGGAGGUGCGCGAGUGUCACCAUGGCGACCGAGCAGACCACUCCGGCGGAGAGGACCGCGGGGACACCGCCGAGGCCGAGGCAGGGGAGAUGACUGACGGCGGUGACGACUACUUCGAAGACGAGGGCGCAGGCGACAUGCUAGAAAACCACAUAUCAGAUAUUGACAACUGACAGCAAGGUACGAAAAGGGAAGCCUACGGUGCGCCAAGAUUGUCAGAAGACGUCAGCAGCCAAGCCUUUGCCAUCAGGAAGGCUCAUCCAAGGAUGGCAACCAAGAAGUGACCGGUUUACGUGUUCACCUCAUUUAACAACCAAUAAAGGGACACUCGUUCGUCACCCGAACUGCUGGUUUUGAACAUUUUGCAGUGCACGGAGCAGCGGAUGAAUGCUAAAUGACGACGACGUGUGUGUUUGUUGUCCAGCAGACGUACUGUGUGUACAAACAUGAAUGUAAGAAGAACGUAUUUCAUGAACGAUGUGCUCCUUCCACACGCUUCUCAUAAGACAUAUCUUUUACUUUCUGUUGCUGAGCAAAUCAUGAAAGGAUAACUAUAUUUUAUAUUUUCAAGUGACUGUCAUGGAUCAUUUGUAUUUGUGGCUUUAUUUAUUCUCUUUUUUGGAAUAAAUGUGUUCCUCUCAAACAGGUCCCCGUGAGAGAGACUUGUUUUAGGAUUCACUGACCUUGAAAAGCGCAUUCCCAAUGUGCCAUCAGAUGGUAACUCACAGCAAUUUGUCAUUUCCAACCCACGUUUAUUGCAGGCUAAGCGGGGACACUGGCUGGACGGCAGCACAGAUACCAACGCUAAUUUGCUUCAGUCGUUUCUGGCCUGCUUUCAGACGGCGUAGGAGAAACACUAGGAAUAAUAAGAAGGGUCAGGGCCUUAAUAAUACAUCUGGAAAUGCUUUCCAGGGCUUAAUAAUGUUCUUUUUUUUCUCU